AUGGGAUUGGGGCAGGCACACCCUUCGAUUGUGUUUCCCCAAUUCACCGGCGAGAAUCCACGGCUGUGGAAGACACUGUGUGAACAAUAUUUCCAGAUGUUCGCCAUACACAAUUCGUUCUGGGUGCCCAUGGCGUGCCUGAAUUUUUCAGGCACUGCUUCGGUUUGGUUACAAUCUGUUCAAAAGAAGUUAGCUCAGCUAGAUUGGGAAUCAUUUUCUGCCUUACUGUGCACUCGGUUCGGACGUGAUCGACACCAAUUGUUGAUUCGUCAGUUUUACACUGUUCGCCAGUCAACUACAGUAGCAGCUUAUAUAGAACAAUUUGAGUUGAUUAUAAAUCAUUUGAGCUCCUAUUCAGAUUCAAUUCACCCCUACUAUUACCUUACUCGUUUUGUGGAAGGUUUGCGACCGGACAUCCGCGCGGUGGUCCUUGUGCAACGGCCGCCGGAUUUGGAUACAGCUUGCUCCCUGGCGUUACUUCAAGAGGAAGUCAUCGAUGGUGCCUUCGGUGCAGCUCCUCCUCCACCUGCGCCACGACCUCCCGAUGCACCACCACGAGCAGGCACGCCGCUACCUCUUCCUCCACCACCACCACGGGUAGCCCCGGCAUCAGUGGCCACUGAUCGCCGUGGCACGGAUGCGGCUCGCGUCGACGCUGCCAAAAUCAAGACUCUACGUGACUACAGGCGCGCAUGGGGCCUCUGCUUCAAGUGCGGCGAGCGCUGGGGCCAUGACCACGUUUGUCCCACAUCUGUACAACUUCACGUGGUAGAAGAGCUACUGGAGCUCUUCGGUGUCGACACCAUUUACACCAACGAUGAUCAAAGUCCAUGGGCAACAGAGGAAGAAACCAUGAUGGCUAUCUCUCGCUCUACGCUGUCCGGGGGAGUUUCAGCAAAGGCCUUUCAGCUACGUGCAUGGAUUCAAGGGAAGGAGGUUUUAAUGUUGGUGGACUCUGGUAGUUCAACCUCGUUUAUCAACCACUCUCUGGCUCAGCGAUUGGAGGGUGUGCAACCUCUGCCACGGGUGUACAAGGUACGCGUUGCGGACGGCGGAGAGCUCUCUUGUUCUUCAUCAGUGCCAGGGUGUCGGUGGCAUUCACAGAACCAUGAGUUCAGCACUGACAUGAAGGUCCUCGCGCUGGGCACGUACGAUGCCAUUCUGGGAAUGGACUGGCUCGAAGCUCACAGCCCCAUGCAAGUCGAUUGGCGUGCUAAGUGCCUGGAGUUCUCCACAUCAGAGGGCACGGUGUGUUUGCGUGGCCAUGAGUCCAACUCGACUGAUUGUUUCAUGAUCAAUUCCAUUCAGCUACAAAGUCUGUGCAAGCAACAAGCCAUUACACAUAUUGUGCAAAUUUGUGCUACUACAGAAGAAGCAACAGUCAACUCACCUGUGCCAGAGAUCGUGCAGCAAGUGAUAGACGCCUUUCCGGACGUCUUUGGGGAACCUACAGGGCUACCACCUCGGCGCCCUUGCGAUCAUUGCAUCCCCUUGAUUCCAGGAGCUCAACCUGUGACUGUCAGACCGUAUCGCCAUAAGCCUGAACAUAAGGAUGAAAUUGAAAAGCAGGUCAUGGAAAUGCUGAAGGCAGGGAUUAUACAACGCAACUCCAGUCCAUUUUCUUCACCAGUGAUCUUGGUCAAGAAAAAAGACGGCACAUGGCGCCUUUGUGUUGACUACAGGCACCUCAACGCUCUCACAUGUGUCGCCAAGUUCCCCAUUCCCAUCAUUGAGGAGCUGCUGGAUGAGCUUCACGGAGCCAAGUGGUUUUUGAAGCUUGAUCUUCGUUCAGGAUACCAUCAAAUCAGGCUUGCCGAAGGAGAGGAGUACAAGACGGCGUUUCAAACCCAUUUUGGCCAUUUUGAGUUCAAAGUUCUAUCAUUUGGGCUUGCUGGGGGGCCUGCAACUUUCAAUGGAGGACUGACUACUACCUUGCACCCUUUGUUACGCCACAACGUGUUGGUCUUCUUCGACGACAUCCUAGUGUUCAGUGAGUCAUUGGAAGAGCACGCGCAGCAUGUCAAGCAGGUCCUGCAACUACUUCAGCAUGACAACUGGAAAGUUAAGAGCUCCAAAUGCACUUUUGGGCAACAGCAAGUUGUGUAUCUUGGUCAUGUCGUCAGUGCUGCUGGAGUGGCUACAGACCCAAGCAAAAUUGCAGCGGUAGCCCAAUGGCAGACACCAUCAGAUGUCAAAGGAGUGAGACGCUUUUUAGGGCUGGCCGGGUAUUACCGACGUUUUGUCAGAAAUUUUGGUGUGAUAGCCCGUCCCCUGUUCAAUCUGCUGAAGAAAGGAGUGCCAUUCCUCUGGACUUCGUCGACAGAAACAGCAUUCCAACUGCUUAAACAACAGUUAACUUCGGCGCCGGUGUUAGCCCUUCCGGAUUUCAAGCAGCAAUUCACGAUGGAAACAGAUGCAUGCGACACUGGAGUGGGUGCGGUAUUGCAGCAGAAGGGCCACCCCAUUGCUUUCAUCAGCAAAGCGUUGUCUCCAAGGUAUCAGGGGCUUUCUACAUAUGAAAAAGAGUACCUGGCAAUUAUAGUUGCAGUUGAGCAGUGGCGACCCUAUCUACAACACGCCCAGUUCAUCAUUCAAACAGACCAACGCAGCCUCGUACAUCUCGAGCAGCAGCGUUUAUCCACUCCUUGGCAGCAGAAGGCUUUCACUAAGCUCUUAGGGUUACGUUAUCAGAUCAAGUAUAAGAAGGGUUUAGACAAUCAGGCAGCUGAUGCACUAACCAGAGCUACAACUGCAGCGGCUAUCGUGUCUGAUCGUGACCCGGUGUUUACCAGCCAUUUUUGGCAGGAGCUGUUCAAGUACGCCGGAACGGAGCUGCGUAUGAGCACUGCUAAUCACCCGCAGAAGGAUGACCAGACGGAACGACUUCCCCUCUCUGCUGAUGCAUUGGCUGUUCCUGUGGAAGUGUUGAACACAAGAUGGCGCAAGAAAAAUGGGGCAAUGAUCGAACAAGUUCAAGUGCGCUGGUCCGGAGAUGCAGCCAUCGGCACCACCUGGGAGGACAAGGCAUUAAACACGGCGGUCAUGAUCUUGAUCCCGAAGAAGGAGGGGGCCACUAGCCUAACUGAUUUCAGACCAAUAAGCUUGAUCCACGGCAUCGCAAAACUAAUUGCAAAAAUUCUGUCUCGCAUGCUGCAACCGGUGAUGAAUCAGCUUGUCUCGCCUUGCCAAAGUGCUUUCAUCCGGAAGAGAUUGAUACUUGACAAUUUUAUGUAUGUCCAUGCAAUGAUUAGAACCCUGAAGGCUAGAAGAACUCAUGCAGUGCUUCUAAAGAUUGACAUCGCAAAAGCCUUCGACAACCUCUCUUGGGAAUUUCUCCUCGAGCUACUUUCUGCUAGGGGUUUUGGCAUCAGAUGGACGAACUGGAUUUCAGGGUUGCUUGCAACAUCAUCCACCAGGCUGAACAUCAACGGCGAUCUGUCAGAGAUGAUCAAACACCACUGUGGGCUUCGACAGGGAGACCCCCUCUCCCCGCUACUCUUCGUGAUCGCAAUGGAUACUCUGGAAUCCCUCUUUAAGACCGCUUGUAGAUAUAGAGUGUUUGCCAACAUUGGUCGGAUAAACAUGCUUUUCCGAGUGUUGAUAUAUGCCGACGACGUCAUUGCCUUCAUCAACCCAUCUAACUCUGAGAUGCACGCAGCAGUACGCCUCCUCGAAGCGUUUCAAGAGGUCUCGGGCCUGAAGGCGAAUUGGGACAAGAGCGCGGCCAAGCCCAUUCGCUGCGAGGCGAUCGCCGUGGAGGCCGCCAUCGAAGGUACCAACUGCUCCUCCAAGGCGUUCACAGUUACCUACCUUGGCUUGCCCCUCUCGGACGGUCACCUACGAAGAGAAGACCUGCAGCCAGUCCUGGACAGUCUGGCCAAGCGACUCAGAGGAUGGAAGGCCAAGCUUAUCGCGUUGCCGGGCCGGAUCGAGCUUGUCCGAGCUACACUCACCGCCAUGGCCAUCUACAGGUUGAUGGCGAUUGCACCGCCGGUUUGGUUCAUAAGAUUGAUAGACCGGCUGCGGCGCGGAUUCCUCUGGGCAGUAGAUGAGACGGCACCGGCAGGCAGGUGCUAG